GCGGAAGCACCGGCGCGUGCGGCGGACCAUAACAGGCGCAAAGGAAGGAAAAAACCGCGCACGCUUUAUAGAAAUAUCAGCAGCACUGAACACUGGAUUUAUUUUUAUUUUUUUUUUAUCAUACGCAGGACCUCCGUUGAUGGGCACAUUUGUAACGUGGCCAGGACGAUGUCUUAUAUUAUUCUGAAGUAAACUAUGAAAGACGAAAAGUGACUGGAAAGCUAUGAAGCUCUAAAGAAUCAAAGCGAGCAGCUGGUUUAGACUACAUCUUCAUGAUGGUCCUGUUUCUGGUGGCAACGCAUCUUUUAUCAAACAGUUCCUCACAUGCAAACUGGACCGCAGAGCCUCCUGCUCCACAGGCAUCCCACAUCCUACCCGCUGCUCUCGUCAUUUCUCUUCUUCUCAUCAUCUUCAUCCUCUUGACAGUCUACCUGCUCAGGUUCAGACAUCAAAGGAAGGAUCUUGUCACUUCAGUUGACAAAAAGCUACCCAAUGGAUUUCUGGAGGACCAAGAACAAACCAUGGUGCUCCUCCCCAGAUCUCCCUCUCCAUCUAAGCACUACUUUCCUAUACCGUUGGACUCCCUGGAGGAAGAGUACCGCCUGCGCAUGGCAGAUGAUGGCAAGCUGUUCAGAGAGGAAUUUAAUUCUUUGCCUUGCGGGUACGGCCGUGGCACAUUCGAGGAAGCGAGCAGAGAAGAAAACCGAGAAAAGAACAGAUAUCCAAACAUUCUUCCCUACGACCACUCCAGAGUGUUGCUUUCACACACAGACGCCCGUUUGUGUUCAGACUACAUUAAUGCCUCGUACAUAGAUGGCUACAAAGAAAAGAACAAAUUCAUUGCCACUCAAGGUCCGAAACCAGAGACAGUGGCUGAUUUCUGGAGAAUGGUUUGGGAGCACAAAUCUGCCACCAUAGUCAUGUUGACUAACGUACGGGAGAGAAAAGAGGAAAAAUGCUUUCAGUAUUGGCCAGAGCAGGGCUGCUGGCUGUACGGAUGUGCGAGGGUGUCUGUGGAGGAUGUAACAGUGCUGGUAGACUACACAAUCAGAAAGUUCUGUGUGCAAUAUCAAUGUCCAGAAGGCUGCAGGUCACCGAGGUUGGUCACUCAGCUCCACUUCACUAGCUGGCCUGAUUUUGGUGUGCCACUCUCCCCAAUCGGUAUGCUCAAGUUUCUUAAGAAAGUCAAGAGUGUUAACCCAGCACAUGCCGGACCCAUCAUAGUUCACUGCAGUGCUGGGGUUGGAAGAACUGGGACAUUCAUUGUGAUUGACGCCAUGAUGAACAUGAUGCAUUCCGAAGGCAGAGUGGAUGUCUUUAACUUUGUAUCCCGAAUACGAAACCAGCGCUGCCAGCUUGUACAGACGGACAUGCAGUACUCCUUUAUAUAUCAAGCUUUGCUAGAGCAUUAUCUGUAUGGUGACACCGAGUUGGAUGUUUCCUCACUGGAGGGACACCUGCACAGACUCCACAGUACUCACAUUCACAUGGACAGAGUCGGGCUUGAAGAGGAAUUCAGAAAACUGACCAAUGUUCGUAUCAUGAAGGAAAACAUGAGGACUGGUAAUCUUUCGGCCAACAUGAGGAAGAACAGAGUACUUCAGAUUAUUCCUUAUGAUUUCAACAGGGUCAUAUUAUCUGUGAAAAGAGGUCAAGAAUUCACAGAUUACAUCAAUGCAUCUUUUAUAGAUGGUUACAGGCAAAAGGAUUACUUCAUAGCUACCCAGGGCCCGUUAGGACACACUGUGCAGGACUUCUGGCGCAUGGUGUGGGAAUGGAAAUGUCAUUCUAUCGUCAUGCUUACCGAGCUAAAGGAGAGAGAACAGGAGAAAUGUGUGCGUUAUUGGCCUGCAGACUGCAACAUUUCAUUCGGGGAUUACAACGUGGAGCUGAAAAGGGAAACCCUUUACGAGACGUUUAGCCUCAGAGAUUUGCUGCUGACAUUUGCACAGGAGAAGCAGCCUCGUCUGGUCAGACAUUUUCACUUCCAUGGCUGGCCAGAGAUUGGAAUCCCAUCAGACGGAAAAGGAAUGAUCGAUUUGAUUGCUGCUGUGCAGAAACAACAACAGCAAUCUGGCAACCACCCCAUAGUGGUGCACUGCAGUGCUGGUGCAGGACGGACUGGAACAUUCAUUGCCCUCAGUAACAUUUUGGAACGGGUGAAAGCUGAGGGCUUACUGGAUGUGUUCCAGACUGUGAAGAGUUUACGCACUCAGAGACCACACAUGGUCCAAACUGUGGAACAGUACGACUUCUGCUACAAAGUGGUACAAGAUUUUGUAGAUAUCUUCUCAGACUAUGCUAAUUUCAAAUAAUGACCUUUCCUUUCAUCACUUAUGAAAAAAAAAGCAUUCAUGUUUGUUCUGUUUUUAGUUAGAAGAAACUCUUGCUAUUUGUUCUUAAUACUCUAUGCACUUGAUCUUUAACUUUCUCUUGUUAAACACUGAAAUAAUUGCAGUUAUUAUGUAUUUUUUUGUACAUAAGCAAGUCCUCGAUUGAUUAACCACUAUUUAGAUUUUGAUAACCAUUAUUUGUUAAAUAAUGAAAUUGUUUGAUUUAUAUAUUUUGGGUACAGGGCUGAAUGAGGACAUUUUUAGAUAAUCAAGAUAUAUGUUAUGUUUGUACAUUGCCUGCUACUGUUUUUAUAUUAUUGUUGAUAUUAUUAUUAUUAUUAUUAUUAUUAUUAUUAUUAUUAUUAUUAUUAUUAUUAUUAUUAUUAUUUAAAAGGGAGCAGGUGUUGUGUAUUUUAUAAAAAUCUGUUUUACACUGGUAUUCAGUAAGAUGAAGUCCGUUUAACAAUUAUUCACUAUUCACAACUACUAAGUUAACAGUUCAGUUUUAGCUGAAAGCCUAGAAGACAAGUUACUUUUAGAUAUUCUUGUUAAAUUGCCAAUCAUCGGUCAUCUGUACUUUCUGCUUUCAAAUGUGGAGCCAUUUCAACCAAUCUGACUAUACUGUAUUUAAAUUUGAUUUGGGGAUAUAUUUGCUGUGACCAAAUGGCCUUGUUAAAGCCAUUUGACUGUGAUUACUGCAGGUGAAGUGUAGAAAUUUAAAUAGAAAAGGUUAUUAGACUUUUUAUAAUUACAGCAACACUGUGGUACGAGGGUGGGAUGGUUCCUCAAGACCUCAGACCUGCUGUAAUGGAAAUUUACCUGACAGAGUUAAUCUGGGAGCCUUUUAGUUCAUUUUGUAUAAGAAAUACAGAAAGGGAAACAGAAGACUUAUAACUCUUUGUAGAUACAAAAUGCAUUUGGGAAUUACUUUUAUUAUACUUUUAGAUGCCUGAGGCGAAUUCUAAAGAAUCGGAUCAGCUAAUUGUUUAAAUAUAGAUAGAGUUCUAGAUGGAUUUAUUGGUCUGGUUAUGGAUGUGUUUUGAGAAAUCUGAGCAAAUGGGUUCAUUAUUUCACCCACUCAGUAUUCUGUUUUAAUUUAAAUAAGCAGUAAUUGCUGGCUGAAGUAAGCAGUAAUUGCUGGCUGAAGAGAAUUAACUACAUUAUACAUAGCUACUUAUUUAAUUACUUUAGCAUGUGAAAGAAUAGAGAAGAAGGUUACAAGAAAAUGGCAUGGACUUGUGGAAGGCAAAUGACAGAAGAAUUGAGCAGCAGCCUUUUAUAAUACACUGUCACCUGAGGGUAUUUAAACUGUCAAUUUCAAAAUCAUUUUUCUGUUGUUUUAGACCUGCAAAAACAGUAAAUAAAGAACGAAGCAAAAGUAAAGAAUGUCACCUUUUAU